GCGGCUCCCGCUCCCCGUCCGGCGAGCGGGCCAUGCCCCGGGCUCUGGCCGCGGCGCGCACCCAGGCCCGGCGAUGAGGAGCGGCGCCGAGCGCAGGGGCAGCAGCGCCGCGGCGCCCCCCGGCUCGCCGCCCCCCGGCCGCGCGCGUCCCACUGGCCCCGACGCGACCCCGGCCCCGCUGCCGCCCGCCGCUGGCCAGCCCCGGGCCCGGGACUCGGGCGAUGCCCGCGUGCAGCCGCGCCCCCUGUUUGCCUGGAGCAAGUGGAGGAAGAGGAUGGGCUCGUCCAUGUCGGCAGCCACGGCGCGGAGGCCGGUGUUUGACGACAAGGAGGACGUGAACUUCGACCACUUCCAGAUCCUGCGGGCCAUCGGGAAGGGCAGCUUCGGCAAGGUGUGCAUCGUGCAGAAGCGGGACACGGAGAAGAUGUACGCCAUGAAGUACAUGAGCAAGCAGCAGUGCAUCGAGCGGGACGAGGUCCGCAACGUGCUCCGCGAGCUGCAGAUCCUGCAGGAGAUCGAGCACGCCUUCCUGGUGAACCUCUGGUACUCCUUCCAGGACGAGGAGGACAUGUUCAUGGUGGUGGACCUGCUCCUGGGUGGGGACCUGCGCUACCACCUGCAGCAGAAUGUGCAGUUCUCUGAGGACACGGUGAGGCUGUACAUCUGUGAGAUGGCGCUGGCCCUCGACUACCUGCGCAGUCAGCACAUCAUCCACAGAGAUGUCAAGCCCGACAACAUUCUGCUGGAUGAGCAAGGACACGCACACCUGACUGACUUCAACAUCGCCACCAUCAUAAAGGACGGGGAGAGGGCCACCGCCCUGGCGGGGACCAAGCCCUACAUGGCUCCGGAGAUCUUCCAGUCCUUCGUCAACGGUGGGACCGGCUACUCCUUCGAGGUGGACUGGUGGUCGGUGGGGGUGAUGGCCUAUGAGCUGCUGCGCGGAUGGAGGCCCUACGACAUCCACUCAAGUAACGCAGUGGAGUCCCUGGUGCAGCUGUUCAGCACGAUGAGCGUCCAGUACGUGCCCACCUGGUCCAAGGAGAUGGUGGCCCUGCUGCGGAAGGAGCAAGCAGAGAAGACCCUGGAACCCCUUUGCACCUCCCAGGGCCUGAGUGGGUGUCUGCAGCAGCCCAAGGGACCUCAGCCUGGCAGGGACCUCCUCACUGUGGACCCCAAGCACCGCGUCUCCAGUCUCCAGGACAUGCGGGCGGCCCCGUCGCUGGCCCACGUGCUGUGGGACGACCUGAGUGAGAAGAAGGUGGAGCCAGGCUUUGUGCCCAACAAAGGCCGCCUGCACUGCGACCCCACCUUCGAGCUGGAGGAGAUGAUCCUGGAGUCGAGGCCCCUGCACAAGAAGAAGAAGCGGCUGGCCAAGAACCGGUCCCGGGACAGCAGCAGGGACAGCUCCCAGUCCGAGAAUGACUACCUUCAGGACUGCCUUGAUGCAAUCCAGCAGGACUUUGUGAUUUUUAACAGAGAAAAGCUGAAGAGGAGCCAAGACCCCACGAGCGAACCCCUGCCUGCACCCGAGGCUGGGGAUACGGAGGCCUCGGUGGACAGUGGGGGGGCGCGCCCCACCCUGCCCAUGUGUGGCUCCAUUUGCCCCUCCGCUGGGAGCAGCUAGGCAGCCUGGCCAGCCUCGCAGAGAGCUAACUCACGCUGCAUCGAGACUCAGGCCUGCCGGAGGGACAGGGCGAUGGGGCAGCGGGCGGAGGCCCAGCAUCGACAUUCCCAGUGGAGCAGCACAGCUCUUCCAUGCCCAGACGCGGGCCGGCGGCCCCCGCUGCGCCCUGGCCGUAUUUUCACUGAAUCAGUCUGACCGCUGAGCCUGCCCUCGGGCUCCAGGUGGCGCACGGCCACAAGAGGCUGUCGGUGUGGCCAAGAUUGGUGGGCAAGGAGGGCGGGCACCACCUGGCCACUCUGGUUACCUGUGAUGGUGGAGGGAGGCACGUGGCCACCCACCCUGGCCUCUCCUGGGGGCCCCCUGACCCGCUUGCUGGCAGGUCACGGAGGCCAGAGCCACGUGGUGGGGGCGGCGCUCUCGUCUCUCACCACCUCUUGGCUGUACAUAGCCCUCGUCGCCUGGCCCUGCUGUGGGCUGCCCGGCGUCCAUGAGCUCGCUGCCGGGAGCCAUGGGGUGGCCCGGGGUCUGCUCGGUUCCUAUACAUCAGCGGGGGAGGGUUGUGGGCGUGCAGCUGAGGAAUGUUUUAUAGAGAUACAAACUGUUCCGGCAAUUUCUGCUGUGUUUCUGUAUAGUUUUCACCUCUGAGAAUUACAGUAGAACUACUCAGC